UUAAAUAUAUUCCUGAAAAUCAGAAAGUUGAAAAUUUUCAAUAUGCUUCUUACACUUCUUUAUGUUCUAGGCCCCGUGGCUAUAAUCUUCGCGUACAUUAUGUAUAGCCUGUCGAUGAUAAGGGCGGACUUAAAGGAGUUAGAGUGGAAUGACGAAGUGGCUCGCCGUAGAGGAUGGUUUGCAGAGGAUGAUGAAGGCCGCCCGAGAGCUGCAUCCAAAAGGCAAAUCCGUGAAGAAGUCAGGAAGGAACUUGAAUAUGGAUGCGAUGAAUCAAUUUCCCGUGAGUUCAAAAGGUUUGACGAAGCUGCUCGUCGUAGACGAUGGUUUGCAGAGGAUGAUGAAGGCCGCCCGAGAGCUACAUCCAAAUGGCAAAGCCGUGAAGAAACUAGGGGGAAACUUGAGAUUCGAUACAUUGAAUCAGAGUCCAGUGAGUUCGAGUGGAAUGACGAAGUUGCUCGUCGUAGAGUAUGGUUUGCAGAGGAUGAUCAAGACGGCUCGAGGUCUACAUCCAAAUGGCAAAUCCGUGAAGAAGUCAGGGAGGAACUUGAAUAUGGAUGCGAUGAAUCAAUUUCCCGUGAGUUCAAAAGGUUUGACGAAGCUGCUCGUUGUAGAGGAUGGUUUUCAGAGGAUGAACAAGACGGCCCGAGGUCUACAUCCAAAAGACAAAGCCGUGAAGAAACUAGGGAGGAACUUAAGAUUGGAUACAUUGAAUCAGAUUCCAGUGAGUUCGAGUGGAAUGACGAAGCUGCUCGUCGUAGAGGAUGGUUUUCAGAGGAUGAUCAAGACGGCCCGAGGUCUACAUCCAAGAGGCAAAGCCGUGAAGAAACUAGGGAGGAACUUAAGAUUGGAUACAUUGAAUCAGAUUCCAGUGAGUUCGAGUGGAAUGACGAAGCUGCUCGUCGUAGAGGAUGGUUUUCAGAGGAUGAUCAAGACGGCCCGAGGUCUACAUCCAAAAGACAAAUCUGUGAAGAAGAUAGGGAGGAACUUGAGAUUGGAUGCAAUGAAUCAAAUUCCCGUGAGUUUAAAAGCUGUGAAGAAGCUAGGGAGGAACUUGAGAUUGGAUGCAUUGAAUCAGAUUCCAGUGAGUUCGAGUGGAAUGACGAAGCUGCUCGUCGUAGAGGAUGGUUUUCAGAGGAUGAUCAAGACGGCCCGAGGUCUACAUCCAAAAGACAAAGCCGUGAAGAAGCUAGGGAGGAACUUGAGAUUGGAUGCAUUGAAUCAGAUUCCAGUGAGUUCGAGUGGAAUGACGAAACUGCUCGUCGUAGAGGAUCGGUUGGAGAGGAUGAUCAAGGCGGCCCGAGGUCUACAUCCAAAAGACAAAUCUGUGAAGAAGAUAGGGAGGAACUUGAGAUUGGAUGCAAUGAAUCAAAUUCCCGUGAGUUUAAAAGCUGUGAAGAAGCUAGGGAGGAACUUGAGAUUGGAUGCAAUGAAUCAAAUUCCCGUGAGUUCAAAAGGUUUGACAAAGCUGCUCGUCGGAGAGGAUCGGUUGGAGAAGAUGAUCAAGGCGGCCCCAAAAGACAAAGCUGUAAAGAAGCUAGGGAGGAACUUGAGAUUGGAUGCAAUGAAUCAAAUUCCCGUGAGUUCAAAAGGUUUGACAAAGCUGCUCGUCGGAGAGGAUCGGUUGGAGAAGAUGAUCAAGGCGGCCCCAAAAGACAAAGCUGUAAAGAAGCUAGGGAGGAAUUUGAGAUUGGAUGCAAUGAAUCAAAUUCCCGUGAGUUUAAAAGCUGUGAAGAAGCUAGGGAGGAACUUGAGAUUGGAUGCAAUGAAUCAAAUUCCCGUGAGUUCAAAAGGUUUGACGAAGCUGCUCGUCGUAGAGGAUCGGUUGGAGAAGAUGAUCAAGGCGGCCCGAGGGCUACAAUUGAAUCAAAUUCAAUGUGCUCUAGAGUAAUCCCCGACAACGCCUUCGCAAUUCGGUAUUGUUAUGUUUAUCCUGAACCACACUAAGGGAUGCGUCCCAAGUAGACAGCUGGAAAGUUAUGCCUGGAGUGCAUCUCGGACAGCAUGACAAGGACCCGACAUUCCGAGGUAGCACCCGCCGUUCCAGCUGCUU